AUAGCAGACGCGUUUACCGAAGCAGUUAACGCAGACGAUUCGCGUACCACGCGCAUUUUUUCUCUCACGUGCUCCUUGAUAAGUUCUCAGCUUCGGUUUUUUUUCCUAUACUUACUCGUACCUUAUCUCGCGUUCAUUCGUGAUCAUCAGCGAACGUAUCCAGUCAGCGUUCUUUGCCCUGAUUUGCAUGGUUUCGUCGUCGGCGUUUUUAACGUAAAGGUAUAGGAGUCAGCAUCGCGAUGGUGGUUUCUAAGCAACUGAUUGUUUAAUUGGUUUGAAAAUGCACCAGAUGCCUGAUCAGCAUCGUUUGAGUUUACCGCCGCAUGCUAGUCAAUUUUUAAACCCUGCUGCUAUGCGAAGACCUAACUUUCUUCAACAGAUGGCUAUUCAACAGCAACAACUAGUUCAUCAUUUGCAGAUGAGUCAACGUCAGUAUAUGUUACAACAUGGUAUACCUGUUCAGCCCGAUCUUCCUGGCGCACAAGCCCCCCAUGCCAGAGGUGAUUUCAAUGGAUUAUGGAAUACGAUUAGUGGAGAGAACCAAGAUUUGAAUCAAAACACCAACAAUGAAAAUGCUCUAGGUAUUAACGGUUUGUUAGCUUCGAUGUGCCUGAAUAGAAGAGAUUUAGUGAAUGGUAACGGUACCGCAUCAACUGAAGAUGAAAAUCACGAAGGCAAUAUUUUAUACGGUAGUCAUGGAGUUUGCCGGUGGCCUAGCUGUGAAACCGUUUGCGAAGAUUAUCAGUCAUUUUUAAAGCAUCUGAACACUGACCAUUGUUUAGACGACCGGUCUACAGCUCAAGCUCGAGUACAAGCUCAAGUGGUUAAUCAAUUAGAAUUACAAUUGCAAUCAGAACGAGAUCGACUGAACGCGAUGAUGCAGCAUUUACACAUGUUCAAGCAAGAAGUAAUCAACGAAUCUGAUAACGAAGGAAGUAGUGAUACUUUAUACCCAGCUAGAACCAAUGGUUCGCCGUCAAUUUAUCAACAGCAAUCGAGCAGCGUUUCUAGUACCAUUUCGCAUUCAUUACCCGUUACCAUGUCUUCUCUGGUUCCUUUGAAUGGCACCAGUAGUACGCCACAUUCGUCUGUUAAAUCGCACAGUUAUUAUAAGAGUAGAAGAAUGAGUGAUACUUCCGGAGGAUUACCCUAUAUGUUGGAAAGAGCUGGUCUCGAUGUGCAACAAGAAAUCAAUAGAAACCGCGAAUUUUAUAGAAGCGCAGAUGUACGACCACCUUUUACAUACGCUUCGUUAAUUAGACAGUCUAUUAUCGAAUCACCGGAUAAGCAAUUGACGUUGAAUGAAAUAUACAACUGGUUUCAAAAUACGUUUUGUUAUUUUCGUCGUAAUGCUGCCACUUGGAAGAAUGCGAUACGUACCAAUUUAUCACUUCACAAGUGUUUUGUUCGAUACGAAGAUGAUUUCGGUUCGUUUUGGAUGGUAGAUGAUGCAGAAUUUGUGAAACGUCGUCACCUUUCACGCGGUCGACCGCGGAAAUACGAUCCUAUCUCGUCACCCACACAAACCCACCACUCAGCCGAACAAGAAAAUCAGUCCGACGAUUGUCCUCCUUAUUCAAAAAACCUACCGUUUUAUGGGAAUAAUUCCAUAAACAAUAAUAACACUAAUAGCAAUCAGAAUAUUUUAGAGGAAGAUGGCGUUUCAUAUCAAACAUAUGGUGGUAAUUCGGGGCUGAGAAUUAAUACACCUUCUCCGAAACGAAUGAAAACAUCUCACCCCGACGACUCGAAUUCAUUUCCGAGGCUGAAUUCAAACCCCGAGAAAGACCACAACUCGAAUAAAUUCUCCAUCAAGAAGGAAUACUCCGGUAUCGAUUUCAAUUACAAUACAUCUCUGGAAUCGUCCAGAAACACCGAAGAGAUCACCUCGAGACCUUCUAGUACAUGUGAUAAUUGCGAUCAGAAUCAAAACUACGAUAUCGAUGCUGAUGAAGAAGAAGAAGCUCAAGAUCUAUCGAUGUCCAGUUACGAGGCAGUAAAUCAUGUUACAUAAUCGUUAAUUAAUUCUUUCCCAAUAUUUUUUUUGUGUGUCUCUUUUUAAAACAAUCAAUUGAUCUACAUUAUAGUUUUGUUAAAUUGUUAUUUCUUAAUUUUUUUUUAAAGUUGUGAAAAUAAUUUUUUGUGUGUAAGUUAAUGUAUUACUACGUCGUUUUGCGUGAUGACGUCCAAAUUGUCUGAUACCGUAGUGAAUUUUUUUUUGAACGAUGUUUUCGAUACGAAGAAUGUACUCCUGUAAUUUUAAGGGUUUUUUUCUAUACUUUGAAAAAUUUCAUAUCUUUUUGCGUUACUUCUGGUAUCGAAUACGUUAACUCUAAUCAGCUUGGGUGGUGUUGAUUAUUUCUAUAGUUUAUUGUAUGUAAUUUUUAAUUUAUAGGUAAAUGAUGGUAACGUAUGUCUAUGUGUUUGUUUGAGCAUAAAAUGUAUACUUUUAAUUCUCGUAGUUACCCAUUUACAUAUACUGUGAGAUCAAAUUCAAUUCGAUUUAAUUUCUGAUCUCCUCUAUCCUUCCAUUUAUUCGUAAAUCUCCGUUAAUUACAUAUAAUUAUUGUAACGAUUGUUAUAUUAUUUUUAAUAGAAAUCACGUCUUG